UCUGAGACACCCAGCACUCUGAUGUGACCGACUCGCAGGGGACGGAGCAGUUGAGAAUCGCUAAUCGAUACAAGUGUGGAGAGAUGCACCACCAAAACCAUCAAUGUUCUCUCUCAGACAAACAGCGUAUCUGCUGUCAUCGUUUGAGGAGACAUCAUGGAGGAUUUGAAUACGAUUCAUCUAGGCAGCAACAGAAGGAGGACAGCAAUGUCCCGGUGGCGCAAGAAUAUCCGACUGUGUCCUGUUACACAGGAGACAGUGAGCUCACCCGCACGUACAUUCAGGACGAGAGUGAUUCCUGCUUGAGUGAUUCUGGGAGUGAUUUUGAAGAAAUGUGCCACCGGGAUGAUGUCCACGAUGUCCAGAUGGAUCCAUGCCUCCAAACCUGUGAUGGCAGAGAACACAACCGUGACGUGUCUCAUCCUCAAACCAGACGAAGAAUGAAUGAAGGGCCAGAACACACUUUACGUGAAGACACUUUGUGCCCAUGCAGUGCUGAACAUUCAAGAUGGAGUAGCAACCAAUGGCCAACUUUACCUCCCCCGUGUUGUAAUGUGAGAAACGCACUGGUGGUGGGUGUCGAAGUUGAUGUUCUAGAAGAGGUGGUCUACGAGGACACGGAAAUUGUUCAAACACAAACCAUGUUUGAUGGAUGCCUGGAGGAUCAGAUGAUGGACUCCACCUCAUGUUAUUGUGAGCAGUUGUUUUUCGUGUGACUGUAAAAAAAAUUACAUUGGUAUUCCUUACAUAAGUGUACGUUAUCAUAUUACUACAUUAUAGGAUUAUUAUUAAUGACCGGUUUAUUCUUGUCAUCUCUGUAUGUUUAUAAUGUCUGCAAUGUCUUUAGGGGAAAAAAAGUGCUAUAUUCAGAAUAACAGUCAUUUUUAUCAUUCAGAGUGCUAACUGUUAGGAUUUCUGGUUGCUUCGUAUUUAGCAGCAUUAUAAUAAGAGUGGCUCUUAUUACAUUUACACAAUUGAAGCAUUGAUUAAUGUAAUUUAGCUUUUGACAAAUCAUAAAAACUUUCAUGAAUAAAAAAACAAAACAAAGGAAAUUUAUUCGGUCUGAGUUGAAUUAAAAAAACAGACAACAGGGAUGAUGAUAAUAAUAAUAAUAAUAAUAAUAAUAAUAAUAAUGUUAAUGAAGUUGAUAAUUGCAUGCUUUGUAUAGUAAAUAUACUGUACAUCAGUUUUUAAAGUUAUUUUGAUAGUUCAAUUCCAAGAACGGCCAGAAACAGCUUUUAUUUCCUGUUAAUCCUUCAUUGCUGUGUAUUUCGAUUGGAUUCUGCCUUAUUUUGUAAUUUUGAGUAAAAGUGUCUGCUAAAUGAAUAAAUAUAAAUGCACACUAAAUUAUACUGUCAUUGUACGAGAAGGUUGACUUCAUUUUAACAAAGGCUAGUCGAUGCUAAUUGUAAUUACAGUGUAAUAUUAGCAGUAUGGAGUCUUUAACUGGUUAUUUAUUAACAUAUCUGAGGUAAAUGUCAAUAUUCCCGAUGCUUCUAUCUUGUUUCCACCGACUCUUUUCCUCAACGUCCUCAACUAGCUCUGUGCCCUGUUUCUUAUUACCGUAACCACUUGGAAAGUGAGCAUAUUAUGUGUUUUGGACAAUCAGAAAUGACUUAUUACGUGACAAAAUAAUAGUGUGUGAUGUGAGGAAUCAAAGUUCUACAUAGACACUGACCUAUUACCAGGAAUUUAGCUUCUACUACAUGAACAAUGAUA